GUCGUCUUCCUUCUUCUCUACGGUACUCAUCUUCCGUCGGGUGAUUAGGGCGAUGGUGUUCCACGCGGGGUGGGUCGGGGCGGUGGCGCGGCUGUCGGCGGAGGCCUGCCAGUACGUCGCCUGCAACCCCGAGCGGCUGAGCAGCGACGAGGCUCUCGAGCUCAUCUGCUGCCUCCCGCUGCGCCACCUCCGCCGCCUCGCCAUCUGCAUCUUCUCCUUCCUAUGCUUUCCCCCAUUCUUUCCCGAAGACCCGCGGCCCCACCUCCGCCGCCGCCGCUUCGCCUUCCGCUAUACCCUCUCCUCCUCCUCCUCUUCCUCCUCCUCCUCCUCCGAAUACGAUUCAGCUGGCGGUGGCUACGAAUCCCAUUCCGAGUGAGGGAUUCUCUCCCUGUGCACAGUAAUUAAUCCCCUCUAUUGACAGCAUUGCUAGAGGGUAGCUACUUCAAAAUGUUUCUUAUUAUUGUUUAUGUCUAUCAGUCAUAAUGAUUGGGUGGUCUUGUUGUGUUGGUGAGUUAAUUUCCCAGUUAGAUGCUGGACAUUGUAGUAGUUCGAUUGAAUUUUUGCUUAGCUCAUCACUCUGUCAAGUUAUUCUCAUCGUUAUAUUAUAUUUAGUUUGCAUACUGCACUCA